UAAAUAUUCAAACUCAAUCUUACUAUAAAUAGUAAAUUAAGUUAUUAUCUUACGGUCUUUUUUAAUUCAACUACGUGUUCAACUUUUAUUAGGGGUGAGAAAAAAAACGAACCGAACCAACUGAUCCACACCAAACCAAACCAAAAUAUAGGUCUUAACCAUUUGGCUAAAGAUUUUAUAAACGAUAAGAGUUCAGUUACAUAGUCUGAUCUAAACCAAGCCCAGUGAAACAUUGGUUUUGACUCCCAAAAUUUUUAGACAUACAGUAUAUAUAUAUAUAUAUAUAUAUAUAUAUGCAUAUAGGCCUUUAGUUAUAAAAAUAAAUUUACUAAAACUCUUGGUAAAUGUUUAUUUCCCCUUAAAUUUCAUAUCUGGCCCUGACUCAGUUAAUGAAGCAACUAUCAUGCCCUGCCCGGACCAAGUGAAAAAGAUUUGAACAUACUAUAACCAGGAUAAACGGAACCAAAAACUUGUCCAAGUAACCGUUCGACUUUUAAAAACCAACGAAUGAGAACAGUUUGAAAUCCAGUUUCAUUGUACAAGUACAAACAGGGCAAGUAUUUUAGCAAUGUCCGCUUGUCACAUUGUACCCUAUGUCGUCUUAUCUGAAGGAUCGGGAGCAGAAUGAUCAUGGCUCUGUUGGUAAGAACAAUGAAAUAUGUUUAUCAACUCGCAUAUCAAAUAGUUUUCUUACUGGUCUGAUCUGCUAUGAGUCUCUUACUAUACGUAAACAGAACCAAUAUGAAUCAUAUAUCCGUGAGAAAAACAAACUAAUGUUUACGUGAAGUGUAGGUAACUCUGUUUUCAUCUGUUCUUUAGUUCUUUCUUUGCUUGCACGUUUCUAAACCAGAGAGCAAAAGAAGAGAGAUCCUCCUGAAAUUUAGGAGAGACGCCCAUGUAAUUUUAGGUAUAUGUCAAAAGUAGUCAUUACUGUUUCAGGUUCUAAAGGUUUUCUUCAUAGAAACCUCUUCUCCUCUUUAAAUCUCCAUUAAAUGAGACUAGAUUUUUAAAACAUUUCUGAGUUUACUGAAUCCUGCAAACUUUCCUUCCCUUUCCUUUUUACUCAAUCCAGGAUUAUUCUUUGCUUUCCUUGCAAGUAUCGUUUCUCUAACAAACCCUUCCUUUACAUUUUUCUAUUCUUCAUUUCCAGUCUCCAAUAAUGAUCAUCUUAUGCAACAGUCAAGAAGAUUAGAGCAGCAGAAAGAAGAACCUAAAAUUUCUUAAAAUAUCCUGCAACAACCGCUUAAAAGACAAUGCUAGCUUUCUCAAAGAUGGCUAGGUUACCAGGGUUGCUUCAAACUCGAGCUACCGUAUUCUUAAUCAGAAACUACCAUAAACAACCUAUAGAAGUUGUCUGGAAGAAACCAGAACACGGAUGGACAAAGCUAAACUUUGAUGGGUCAAGAAAACAUGGACAAGCCAGCAUCGGAGGAAUAUUCAGGAACCACAAAGGCGAAUUCAUUCUCGGAUACUCAGAACCCAUAGGAGCAGCCACAAGCACCGUGGCAGAAUUUGCAGCACUCAAAAGAGGGCUAGAGCUGGUUCUAGAAAACGGAUGGACUGAUCUAUGGCUAGAAGGAGACGCCAAGAUCAUUAUGGAUAUCAUCUCCAAGAGAGGGAGAUUGAGAUGUCAAGAAGCAAAAAAACAUGUGAACUACAUCAACGUGGUUAUGCCUGGUCUUAGCAACUGCGUUUUGAGCCAUGUUUACAGAGAAGGGAAUCGAGCCGCUGAUAAAUUGGCUAAGUUAGGACAUCAGUUUCAGGAUCCUAAAGUCUGGAGGCUUCAUCCCCCAGACAUAGUCCUACCGAUUAUGCAUGAAGAUGCACGAGGUAAGAUUGUUCUUAGAACAAAAUGA